AGCCAAGUCUCAUUAUCUCCAUUUGUUGUUGGCACUCCGUCGCUUACGACGAGGAGCGUUCCAGUUGAUCGGAUCAACGGAACAGCCUGCUCGUAAAAUUAACGUGCAAGUGGCUGAGCACUCCACAGACACGUGUACCCAUAACGUAGUUCUCGGGGGGAUAUUCAGCGUGACACAGUGUGACAAGGCUGACCCUUUGAAUUACAGGUACAACAGAAACAGGAAGUAAGAGUGAGAGAAAGUUGUGGUGGAAGAGUACAGCAGGGUUCGCCACCAUCCCCUGCCGGAGCCUCGUGGAGCUUUUAGGUGCUUUCACUCAAUAAACACUCACAAUGCCCGGUCUGGGAAUCGAAACCGUGAUCCUAUGACCGCGAGUCCGCUGCCUUAACCACUGGGCCAUAGUGCCUCCACUCAUGACGUCAUAUUCCCGCCGCCAAUCAAGUCCCAUCGUCACAUGACUAAAUCACACGUGAACUUAUUUAUUUCCCUUUCUUAUUUCCUCUUCCGUUUUUUACUCAAACCUGAAAAAGAUUCUUGAACAGAAAAUCUUUUCCAAUAUGAGAAGACAGGAGAAGCAUCCUCAAUAUCUGCCUUGUUUUAAAGAUUCAAGAAAGAUAUUAUACGAAACAGACGUGUAACAUUGUUUCUACGAAUCUGUGGAAGAAUUAUUAACUAAUUUUCUGAACAUUGCUGACUGGAGUGUCAAGAAGAGAAGAUUUUGUGCUGAUUAAAGUUGGAUAGAUUUAUAGAAGUGUUGCUAAGCAAAGGUAACACUGGACAGAAAUCCAGCAGUAAAAGUGUAUGUAAGGAACAACGUAUAAAAGCAAGAAAAGUAUAUUAACUGGAAUUUGAGAAGAAAAAGUAAUAGAAAAGAGAAAAUUAUAGAAUUGAUUUUUCCCUGUAACACUUGAAAAAAGAGAUGACAUCAUAUGACUGUGAUGUCUGUACAAAGUCCUUUCAAGAAAGUAACCUAAUUAUGCACAAACAUACUCAUACGGGAGGGAAAUCCUAUCAGUGUGUUAUCUGUGGUAAAUCAUUCUCUGCAAGUGGUACCCUAACAACACACAUACGUGUUCAUACAGGAGAGAAACCGUAUCGUUGUGGCAUUUGUGGUAAAUCAUUCUCAAACAGUAGUCACUUAUCUACACACAAAUAUAUUCAUACUGGAGAGAAACCAUAUCACUGUGGUAUCUGUGGUAAAUCCUUCUCUGACAAUAGUAACUUAACAAAACACACACGUUUUCAUACGGGAGAGAAACCAUAUCACUGUGAUAUCUGUGGUAAAUCAUUCCCUUACAGUAACAGCUUAUUAAGACACGGAUAUAUUCAUGCUAGAGAGAAACCAUAUCAGUGUGAUAUCUGUGGCGAAUCAUUUGACCGUAGUCAAUUAUCAAAACACAAACGUAUUCAUACUGGUGAGAAAUCAUAUAAUUGUGAUAUCUGUGGUCAGUCAUUCUCUCUCAGUGGUCAGGUUGCUGUGCACAAACGUACUCAUAUAGGAGAGAAGCCAUAUCGUUGUGAUAUCUGUGGUCAGUCAUUCUCUCAACGUGGUGCCUUAUCUCGACACAAAUAUAUUCACACAGGAGAGAAACUGUUCCACUGUGAUACGUGUGGUCAAUCAUUCUUCCAACGUGGUGCCUUAUCUAUACACACACGUAUACAUACUGGAGAGAAACCAUAUCACUGUGAUAUCUGUGGUAAAUCAUUCUCUAGCGCUGGUCAUUUAUCUACACACAAAUAUAUUCAUACUGGAGAGAAACCAUAUCAUUGUGAUAUCUGUGGUAAAUCAUUCUCCUACAAUAGUAGCUUAAAAAAACACAUACGUUUUCAUACUGGAGAGAAACCGUAUUCUUGUUAUAUCUGUGGUAAAUCAUUCUCUAACAGUAGUCACUUAUCUACACACAGAUAUGUUCAUACUGGAGAGAAACCAUAUCAUUGUGAUUUCUGCAAUAAAACCUUCUCUGACAGUAGUAACUUAACAAAACACACACGUCUUCAUACGGGAGAGAAACCAUAUCACUGUGAUAUCUGUGGUAAAUCAUUCUCUCAAAGUAAUGAUUUAAAGAAACACAAACGUGUUCAUACAGGAGCGAAACCAUAUCAUUGUGAUAUCUGUGGUAAAUCAUUUUCUCAAAGUAUUCACUUAACUAAACACAAACAUAUUAAAACAGGGAAGAAAGGCAAAAAGUAGUUUCUAUGGUUUCUUCUUUGCUGUAUUUAUUUAACAUUCUUUUGUUGUAAAUUGUGACAAAAGUGUUUCCAAGAAUUUUAGAUUUUUUCCAUUUUUUAAUGGAAUAUUCAUCUUCCACUCUUUUCUUGAACACCCAUAACUUUCCUUUCCAUGGUGUAAGGACCUCUCAACCAAAUCUCCUGGCAACCCUACACAUUAUUCUUUCUUGAAUAUCGCAUCCUGUAAUUACAGCACAUUUUAUUGUUUAUUGUAUUUUAAAUGCUUCUCUCAUUAAAUAUAUUUUAUACAA